UAAUGGAAGAACCAAAAAUUGAAUUAGAUGAUCUAGAAGUUAAUUAGGAACGAUUAAAAUAAAACACAAAUCAACUUAAAAAUCUUAGAGUAUAUGGAUCAUUGAAUGCUGGUAUUAUUGCAGGUAUAUUGGGAAUGGGUAGAAAUUGAUGAAUAAUAUUAGAUGGAUGGAUUGGAAUUGCAAUUUAUGUUGUAAUAUUCUUGAUGGUUAGUGCUUGUUUAGCAAUCAAAAUGAAUUUUAAAGUUAAAGAAUACUUUAGAUCCAGUUAUGAUGCCUACUAUUCUGGAAUUGGAACAGAUUUAUUAUUAUUCUUAAUGAUUUGGGUUAUUUUCCAUAAUCUAGUCAAUAUAUUAUGAAAGU